ACCUUUUUUCAUUUGAGUGAAGCUUGGGUUUGAUUUUAUUUUGCCGCCUCCUUUGCAUUAGUGCUCUCUAAUUCCUACUUCCCAAACCAACCUGUUUUUCCAGCCCGUUGAUGCCUUUCACCGCCCUGCUCCACCAUGAGUUGGGCUAUUGUAUGUUUCUUUUCUAUGAAUUGGUUGGUCCUUUCGGAUUUCUUAAUGAAACAUAAUCAGAGAAGGAGCUCAUUUGGCCCACUGUGACUCCCCUGACUCUUCAAAAGAUGGGAUCCAAUUACUCCCCCCUUCUCCUUUCACUUUCUCACUUUAGCACCGCAGAAUUCUCCACUUUAAUGACUUAUUCAGUUCCUUCCUGAAAGUUAAUAUGUUCCUGCUACUCUUUCAGAUGAUUUUUUGUUUAUUUUUCAUUCCUAAAGCUGUGCCUAGUGACUGACUGUUCUAUCCCUGGAAAUACUCCCAUCGACCUGUACUGAAAUUCCUUUAAAGAAAACCAAUUUUACUUCAGUUUCUGACCAGCUCUUUUUCCAACUUGCUGCUCUAACAAUGUGCAUCUCACUCUUCUUUGGAACAGCAUAAUCUUGAAUUCACUCUCCACAGAGUCAGAAUGGGCAACCUAGCUGGUAAACAUAACAGUCAUCAUAGUCUUACAGACCAGCCUCCUAAAGCUGUGUGUGAAACUGAGACGCGAAGCCUAACCAUGGACUCACAAGAGGACAAUGAAGUCUUUGCAGAGGCAGAUGUUAAUCAGAACAAUGGAUCUUCCUCAAAGCAGAAGAAGAUGGUAGCGCCAGGCUCCAAGAGCGUAGAGGACCCAAAGAAUGCUUGGAAGUCACCCAGCACAGCUGAGCCAGCUGGGCGCCCACACUUGGUCCGCCUCUUUUCUCGUGACGCGCCAGGACGUGAGGACAACACCUUCAAAGACCGCCCAUCUGAAUCCGAAGACCUUCAAGCCAUCCAAGAGGAUAGCUCAGUUCCUGUGACGAGCUCAGAUUUGAUGGAAGUGCAGAAACUGUCCUCACAAUCAUCAGCUAAGAAGGGACAAGUAGCAAAACAAAUGGCAUCCGCAAGUGCCUCAGACCAUGCUAAGCAAGCUGGAGGAGCCCACUCAAGGCAAAGGGACUCGGGUAUACUCGACCAGCUGGGAAAGUUUUUUGGGCAAGAAGGUUCCAGGAAAGUACCUGAGAAGGGCAAGGAACCAGCAACCAGGAGUGUGCUAACGGCACCAACCACACACAAGGCCCAUCCAGGGAGACAAACUGAUGAUAGUGCUGUUGUCCACUUCUUUAAGAAUAUGAUGUCACCAAAGAAAGCCCCAGUACAACAAAAGGGUACUGAUGGACAAAGGCCACAUUAUGGGGCAGCUGGUUCUUCCAAGUCAAAGGAAGCUUAUAGAGGACGGAAAGAUGGUUCAGGCACCCUCUCAUCUUUUUUCAAAAUGGGGAAAAAGGGUGAAGGUUCACCUGCUAGACGUUAAAUCCACAUCAAUGAGUGCAGCAGAAAGGAAUGCUUCAAAAGUGGAAAAAGAAUUCUUGCUCGAUGUCGUGUAUUAACAGUCUUACCACUUCAUGUAUUAACUGACAUUCACUCCACCCUCAAAAAAUGACUGGCAUACAAAUAUGAUUGAUUCAUUACUGAUCAGGUUUAUAGCAAGGUUGCUUAAUUCAAAUUAUCUGUUAACUUAAUUAUUUUAAAGCAAGAAAACACCUUUUAUUUAAAUUUCUUUAAUUUGAACCACUGGAUAAUAUGAAUAAGAAAUUUUAACAGGAGUAGACUGUAUAAGUUGCAUCUUAAAUGGAAUAUUUUAUUACUUAUAAUCACUCCAUGGUUAUUAUAAUGGCCUUAAAGGUGUCAAGAUUCUUUAAAAAUCACUAUUUUCAACGGCCUUUUCUACAAACACAGAAAUAAGGAACUUAAUGUUUUUCAAGAAAGUUUAUUGCAUCUUGACAUAGGCUUGCCUUUUUUCCAACACCAUCUGUCAGCAGAGUUUGCUGCAA